AUGACGGAAUUGUCUCCUGUAAUCGCUAUAAAGCCAUUUCUAGACGUAAUACGACAUAAGAACAUUAGUAGCUUAGUUACUAGUGCUGCGUUGCAAGCAGUGAUGAAUUUGUUGUACUCAUGGCCGUGGGCAGACGUUAAGGACCAGAACGUGGCGACGGAUGCCGUGUCCGACAUUGUGGACGCUGUAAGUCACUGCGAGUUCCAGGAGACGGGGCUGGAAAGUGUUCAGAACGUGCUGGCACUUGUGGUUCAUGUGCUCCAUGCAGUGGUGCGCUCUCCCUGCGGCACCAGAUUGUCGGACCAUUCAAUGUGGCAAUUGGUGGAGUCACUCUAUGCUCUCAGUUGCAACACUCGAUAUGGUCUUCAUAUCACGCUGCGAUCAGUUGCCACGAAUUCUCUGCACGACACGAUGGCCUUCAUUUUUUCUAACCCUGCCGUUUAUUCGAACCUGGCUCCUAUUGCCGACAUUACAGCGUUGUCGUCAACGUCUCUCAGACCAGGAUUUGGUCUUCCUUGUGCUGUAAAAGUUGUGGGCUUUCUAUGUCAAAAGUUACACCAGCGCAAUCAUUUAACUCCCGUCUUCGAUGCCCCUACUCCGUCGACUGGAAACAUGACAAGCCAGCGUGAAGUGUUGCUGUCCUUUAGCUUAAUUGAGCGCGCACUGAUCGCUUGCGACGCUAAACUGAUGACGAGUGUGCCGUCGCUGAUGCUUUUUAUCAAGGACGAUUUGUGCAGCGCCAUCUUACGCUACUGUCGUCUAGGCGCUUGUAUGGAGCUUGAGAUUCCCGUGAGAUGUCUUAAGAUUAUUCGACUCUUGUGGUCAAAGCUUCGCUCACAUCUUAAAAUGCAGGUAGAAGCGAUAUUUGAGGGUGUGUUCUACUUUACGCUCCAUUGGUGUCUCUCCAAAAUGGAUGUAAAUAACCCAGAUUUUCCGUCUGGAGAUGAUUCGGCUUCAUCUACUGACAACAUGAACAGUCAAGGGAACGACAAGCCGUUCACAAUGGUGGAUUGCGCUCUCGACGAGUUUUCCGGCGAGAUGUUACCCAUGAGUCAAUUGUAUGAAAUCUCGUUUGAAAUUCUCGACUGUUUGGUGGACCUGCUUGGCGAGACGACAUUGUUGCCCGAUUUAUACGUGAACUACGACUGCGUUGACAAUCGUUGCGACUUGACGCAAGCUUUGUUUGAGCUGCUUUCACAGACUGUUCAGCAGUCCCUUGUUGCUUGCUUUGAGUCGCACGAAGAAGCGCACUUCCUGUGGGCUCAGGCUACUGGGGAGAUUGCUCUUCGUGGAAUGUUUAAUGCACUGUAUGUGGUGCACCUCCGUACGCAUCCAGAGACACCAGCCAUUAGUGGUAGCACUAGCAGUGGGGCAAGCGAUGAAGAGAAUAGUGUGGACGUGCUGCUACUCGAUCAGGAAGAGCGAUUUGUACCAGCCGAUGUUGUUGAAAGGUUUGCUUCUGCAGAAGAUUUAUACAAGAAACAACAGCGCAAAAAGUUUUUUCAGCACGGCAUUAAGGAGUUCAAUCGAAAGCCACUGGCAGGGAUUAGGUUCUUGCAGCAACACUCUUUUCUUCCUACGCCGCUGGACAGCAUAUCCCUUGCUACGUUUCUUCGAUCCCUUCCUAAGGGUAUGAACAAAGAUGCGGUGGGUGUGUACUUGGGUGCAAUGGGCAAAGAAGUCAAGGGCUUUGAGAAGACUGAGAUUCACGAGGCUGAUACAAUAGACUUCCAUCGCGACGUUCUUACUAACUUCGUGCGGUCGUUUAAUUUCGAAGGAGAGAGCAUUAUUACUGCACUGCGAAUGUUCCUCGCAAGUUUUCGUCUUCCGGGAGAGGCUCAACAAAUUGAUCGUAUCCUGAACACAUUUUCGCGCCAGGUAUAUGAACAGUGCCGGGAACGAUAUGUCAUGGCAUCUGUGGACGUAGCAUAUUUGCUGUCAUUCAGUUUGAUUAUGCUAAACACAGAUCUGCACAACUCAAAUAUUCGAACAGAGAAGAAGAUGAAGCUAGCUGACUUUAUCAAGAACAACAAAAACUAUGGCCAGGACGUUUCUAAAGGCUUUGAUUUGCCAGAGGAGUUUCUAACGGAACUCUAUAGCACCAUUGCGAAAGAGGAGAUCAAGACGUUUGAAGAUGUUGGCAAGCACGGUGAAGUAACGAGUGAUCGAUGGAAGGACUUGCUCAAUCAAGCAGAAAGUGACCCGCGCAACUCGCGUUUGAUAGUGCACCAUCCGUCGUUAGAUCUCCGAUCGUCAGGUUUGCGUCACAGUGUCGAAGCUGCCCAAGGCUCAGCGUUACCUGUAGCACCUGAUGUUAUGCAAACGAUGAGACAGGGUCGACUGACGAAAAGAGCUUCUGGCGCUGCUGAGAAAGCCGCUGAUUCACUAAAAAGUGAAACGCAUAGGCACCAGGAUGAACUUGUGCCUCUGUAUGCUUCUUUAGGUAACCAGUAUGAUCGCCACAUUUACGAGCUGAUUCAGCAAAGUCUCAUUCGAGCAUUUAGCAGCGUUUUUGAGCAAUUUGUCGUUGAUUCGAAAGCGAAAGAUGCAGCAAGAGGCGAUGAUCUCUCAGUCAGCAGCAGCUAUGAGAUGAACUAUGCUCCCCAGAAAAGUGCUCUCCAACUUGCAUGUAAUGGUUUUGUGCUGUGCGCAGCGGUAGCAUCUCAUUUGUCGUUGGCAGAACAUUGCAAUGCUCUGUUUAUCCGCAUGUGCAAGUACACGGCGCUGCUUUCGUCGGACAUUUAUCCUGUUGGAUAUAACGGUCGUGAAAACGGCAUUUGGGUGUAUUGCGAGAACCAGAGUGCUCCAGUUGCAACUGCGGCUGUACUUGAGCUCGUGAACACGUGCAGCUUAUCGCUUCAUAGCCGCUCGUGGAAGUAUUUCUUCCAUGUUGUCAGCGGUUUGCGGGAGUUCCAUGUUUUACCGUCUCGAGUUCUGUGUCCUAGCAAUGAAAUGAAGCUGGAGCUAAUGACGCCCAACGAGCGUCUUGAGUUCAUUAGGUUGGUGUACCAGAACAAGGAAGAGCUAGAGAGGAGGAUUGCGCUAAGUGCACAAAAUCAGGUCGAUAGUGGUAAGGACACUAGUGGGUUUUUCAGCGGUGUUGCCUGGCUACUAUCAACGCUUGAUUCGAGCCUUGGCGGUUCAGCAUCUCCAAUUGUCACAACGACAAAGCGUCUUUUUUCUCCUGAGUUUGAUUGGUAUCAGCUUAGUCCGGCUGAGGUAGCCUGUCAUACGGAAGAUCUUGUGAUCGAGAGGAGUACAUCAACGAAACAGGCGUCCGGCAGUGAACACGAUUUGAGAGGUGAGUUCGGCACUUAUCAGUGGAUUCGAACGAUUCUGCAGCCUUAUCGAUUGGAACUAUUGAUGGAAGAUGUGGCAAGCUUGCCUUCUGGUGCUCUUGCACAAGUUAUUGAGGCACUGCAUGACGAAAUAUUGCAGACAAUGCAUCGUUGUGAUGAAAAUAAAUCACAAAAAGAUCGAAACAAAUCUGCAAAGCCGCUGCUUAGCCAAGGAGGCUGCGUGCUCUUUGAGCACUUGUUAAGCCAGGUGAUCUCGCUUAGUGGAUCUCUUUUUCAUGGUGCUGAUGAAGAAGGAAUAUCUGCUGUCCUUGAAGCUCACUAUACUCAGAUUCUGACUCUUUUGCAACCGGUACUGGUUACCAACACUAGUCCAAUUGGCUUGACUUACGAGAAUGCAUGCAUUCUGUUACACAAGUCGAUUAACGGUCUGUUUGCUUGGGUGACCCGUACGCGUAGCGAUGUGAACGGGCUGCUGCUGGUAAACUACUUGGGUACUUUAAUGAAGAUAAGCGGUGAUGACAAGCUUAUCCGACCUUUCCUGACACCAAUUAUGUGCGGAUUGAAUCGAUAUGUGACGUUGGUGAAGCCGAACAGUUUACACUACUCACGCAUGGAUUGGCUGACGAUCUGCAAUCUGAUUAGUUGGUCGGUUGCAAUGCCUUACGCAGCCUCGCACGCUUUCGGACUUCUUGAGCAGCUUGUGACAGAAAAAAUCUGGAAUGUAGACGGGAACGAAAUUUUUAUUAGCGACUGCUACACGAAGAUGAUUAUGUUUGCCAUGAAAACCCGCGACCCACACGAUUCAUGGGCACCUUCGAGGCCGAUUGAUUUACUUCUGCUCAUGUUUGAUACGCUUCGCCCUGAUGCACCCAACUAUCUGGAAGAACGCUUGCGCUUUUUAGGUGGGAUGACUGUGAUAGCGAGACAUCUUUUAUUGAACCAGAUGAAGCUCCGGCUUUCCAACGACCUCGUUGUGGCGGCCAUUAAAGGUCUGAAGCACAUGCUAUGCGAGCACACAGGAUGUCAACAGUCGUUCGAGCCGAUGGCUUGGCUGGACGUUCUUCGAUACGGAUUGGUUCCUGUCGGUUUUGACUUGCUAAACGACGUGGGGUCUAUGCGUUCUGUUGGAGCAAUGCAAUUUGGAGACGAUGAAGAGGAGACAAACGCACCAUUCCUGUAUUACUGGCGACAACUACCUGUUUUUGACGAAGAGAGCUUGCUGUCGAGUCCUACUGACGUGCGUGCUUCAAGUAGCGAAAAGGCAAGUCGUACAGGACGCCGAUGUCGACCAUUAGCGAUAAGAGACCCGUUAGCGUUACAACCACAUGUGGUGGUGGUUCAGUUGCUAUCACUUGUGGUAUGUGAAGAGUUGACAAAGUUACAGACGUGCUCCCAGUUUCCGUCCGUGUGGGAAAACGUGGCAGAGUUGUUGGUGGGAUUGUUGGAAUACACAGCGAUGGAAAGCCCUCUAUCCCCUGCGGAUGGAGCUAUAGGUGGAGAGGUUUUGAUUGCGGCGCUAGAGCGCCGAAGUGUGCUUCCAGUGCACGAGGAGAUGCUUGAACACAGUAGAGGAAUUGUGAGGCGCUUGGCAGUGUUGCACGAUGCAGUGAAGGAGCAGGAUGAGACAAAUGACCAGGAGGAUGGCAAGCUGAAGAAAGCACCAAACAACGAGCAGUCUAAUGUUUUGAUGCAGGUACUGGAAGCGAAAUGUCGCUCUAACUCGGUCUUAAUGGAACAGCUUUUUCCUGCAAUGGAAGACACUGGAUCUAUCGACGGGCGCAUACUUCCUAUUGAAAAGUAUGUUGAUGGAGAAUUUGAUGAAGAGUAA